AUGUCUACUCUUCCGCUUAUCCAUAUUGACUUGAACCCCACCAUGGGUGCCUUGUUCGUUGGUAUACUUCUUGGUUCUAUUCUGAAGGUCGCUGUGUUAUGCUCCUCUACUAGGAUUCUCGACACCCUUUCUCUAGCAAUGAUUGCACACGGCCUCUACGUUUAUCUCAUUUCGGAUUACAUGGAUCCAUUGGCGCUUGCCUACAUGUCUUGUAUAUCCGGAGGAGCGGAGACUUGGUUGAAUAUGCCAGAUUUUAAGGCGCUUGCGGACGCCGGAAAUAUAAUGACAUCGGAUGCCAUGAUCCAAUUGAUCAUCCUCUACACCAUUACCACUGGAUUGCUCCCAACCUUAUGCGAACACACUCCUCGCAACUCGCGUACGGACUGCAAUGAUAAAGGUGUCGCUAUCAGGCUCAAUAGCAGAGGGUCGAUCCGGUCUCGGGGAGCGGAAACAGAAAUCUCAGCAAAGUUCAGUUCAAUGCGAUUCAGGGCAGGAGGCGACGAGCCUUCAGCGACGAUCAACAGCUCCACUGAGCUUGAUAGUGUCACAGAUUUGCCAAACCCAGUUGAGGAUGGAAAAAUCGGCGGUUUGAUGGUUGCUGCAAUGUGA